UGCAUCGUCCUUCUGUCCCAGAGCGUCUGCGUCCAUCUCCACCCUCGGCUUCGUCCUUCUCUGCACUUUUUCUGCCACUCAGUAUUUCUUCAGGCAUCGACUAUUUUCAGUUUUCUCACGACAGAGCUCCUUCUUAACUUUCUUGACUUUACUUUUGGAUCUUCUACCAGUCCACUGAAGACACAUAAACCACUAAAACCCAAGUAUGACAGACAAACCAGGAACGGGUGGCAGCGAUGACGCAGGAGGCAUCAUGGCGCUGCUGGAGCGAGUGGCGGGCCUGAUGGACACGGUCCAGAGCACGCAGCAGCGCAUGGAGGAACGUCAGCUGGAGCUGGAGAACAUGGUCAAGACCAUCCAGACCGACGUGGUCAAGCUGACCAACGAGCACGCCAACACCAGCUCCACCGUCGACCGGCUGCUGGAAAAGACGCGCAAAGUCAGCCGCCACAUCAAGGACGUCCGGGUGAGGGUGGAGAACCAGAACGUCAGGGUGAAGAAGGUGGAGGCCACACAGGGAGACCUCCUGGCCAAGAACAAGUUCAGGGUGGUCAUCUACCAGGGCGACCAGGAGGUCAAGUCCGUCGCCGCGGGUAACGAACCGGCAGAACCCGGCGGAAGCGGCGGCGCCAGAGCCGAAGUGGAACCGGAUAAGUUUGAGCUGCCUCCGGAGUCGGACGAGGAGUACAUGGUGGUGGAGGAGGCCGACUCGUCCGCCGCCGGAAAAAUGAAGAAGACGGGUCUGACGCGCAUCGAGAGCUUCAAGGCCACGUUCUCCAAACAGAACAUGAGCAAGACCCGCGAGAACCUGGGAACCAAAGUCAACAAGCUGGGCGAGCGCAUCGUCACGGCCGAGAGGCGCGAGAAGAUCCGCCAGUCGGGCGAGCGGCUGAAGCAGUCUGGAGAGAGGCUGAAGGAGACCAUCGCCAAGGGCGUCCCCGCCAAACUCAACCUGAAGAAGGAGAGGACUGUGGCCGAGGGGCAGGAGGGGCAGGAGGGGGCCGAGGGCGCCGCCGAGGGGGGGGCGCAACCCGCCGCCCCGCCCAAAGGCCGCAAAGGCAGCCCGGACGCCGCCGCCGCCGCCGGCAAGGCGGAGGAGUCGGAGGUACCGAUGUACGACAUGAAGCAGCUGUCGUAAACUGAGAGACGGCGACGAGAUCUGGACCGAGUUUGGACGAAAGCAGGGACGUCAAAGUCCGGUUGGUUCAGGUCCACAUCCAGACCAAGAAAAGACGAAGAAGAAGACACAAGUGAUAAGGACGAGCACAAACACUAGAGCAAAAAGAAACAUGAAGUAUGGAAAGACGAAAAAACAACUGUCCUUUAACAAACAAAACGUGGAUGAAGAAACAUCUGCUAAACCUCAUCAUUUGUUCAUGUGCAUUAAAGGUGCAGUCUGUAGAGGGUUAAAGGUGCAGUCUGUAGAGGGUUAAAGGUGCAGUCUGUAGAGGGUUAAAGGUGCAGUCUGUAGAGGGUUAAAGGUGCAGUCUGUAGAGGGUUAAAGGUGCAGUCUGUAGAAUUCUGUUCUCAGUCAUUCUAAAAUGGUCCUGACUGUCCUCAGACAUGAAGGAAUCCUGUUCAUUUAAAUCCUGAUCUCAGUGACAGUAGUAUUCCAGACAGAAGAUUCACAUUUAAAGCUCAGUGUCAGCCCCCAAAUGAUGGUUAUGAUGUCACUGUGUGUUUUGGUCUGAGGCUCCGCCCAUCACCUGUCUGCCAAUCACAGAGUCAGUACCUUAGUUCAUCCAGGUUGUCAGUUCCACUGAGCUGCAGCUGAACAUUUAUGAGCACAAAUGUGUGAGCUGAAGAAACCCAGAAGGACUAAAGGGAUUAUUCCAACGACGACAAAGAGACAAAGAGAGAAAAGAAACAAGGAUCUGGAGGAGAAGAAUGAGAAACAGACGUCAACUCUGCCUUAGACUGACCACCAGAAGAACCACUGAGAGCCGGGACCACCGUCUGCACCCGGUCCCAGACUGGCGGUCUCUCCUCCUGGUCCUGGUGAACAGACCUGGUCCUGCUGUAGGACUGGUCUCUGUCCAUGGUAGCUCCUUGUAGGUCAGUGUUUUCUGUGGAAGUGACCUGUGCAUGUAGUGGUGUGGAAUCUGAAA